AGAAAUGGCAUGCCUUGUCUUCUCCUCUCUCCUCAAUCUCAACGGGGAGUUUACUUUCCGAAAACAGAAGCAUGAGCAGCGUCCAAGAACACACUCCUAUUGACACAAACAGAUGGUCUCUCGUUGGGACGACUGCUCUGGUCACCGGAGGCUCUAAGGGAAUCGGGUAUGCGAUCGUCGAGGAGCUCGCCAGACUUGGAUCGGCGGUGCACACUUGCGCCCGCAGCCAAGCAGAUCUGGAGAAGUGCCUGCAACAAUGGCGCGAUUCCAAUCUCAAAGUCACCGGAUCUGUCUGCGACGUUUCCUCCCCGAGCGAGCGAGAGAAGCUCAUGGCGACGGUGAAGUCCCAAUUCGACGGGAAGCUCAACAUUCUGGUUAACAAUGCAGGGACGGUGGUCUCCAAACCGACGGUGGAGCAAACACUGGAGGAUUUCAAGCUCGUGAUCAGCACAAACCUGGAAUCGGCGUUCCACUUGAGCCAACUCGCUUACCCCCUCCUUAGGGCUUGUGGAGGAGGCAGUAUUGUGUUCAUCACCUCCAUCUCUGGCUUCAUUGGCCAGGAUUAUCUGUCUGUGUAUGGAUCGUCCAAAGGAGCAAUAAAUCAACUGACGAGAAAUCUUGCAUGUGAAUGGGCCAAAGAUAACAUUAGAACAAACAGUGUAGCUCCAGGAUGCAUAAAAACACCACUCGUUGACUUUUUGCUGGAAGAUGAGGAAUUUGUGGCGAGGGAAAAUCAUCGCGUGCCUCUUGGGCGUUUGGGGGAGCCGGAGGAUGUGGCCGGCGUCGUGGCCUUCCUUUGCCUCCCUCCUUCUUGCUACGUGAAUGGUCAGGUUAUCGUCGUCGACGGAGGUAGAAUUGUCAACGGAAAUCACUAAGUAAAGGUAAUUGCAAUCCAUAUCGAUGGUAUACCAAAGGAUAUAAAUAAAACCAUUGAAAAUAAAGUUGACUCUUUUAAUAAACCAACUAUAUGAGCCCAGUAUUAAUGGUGAAGAAGCGGGGAUGUUUAAACUAUUAUCAAAUAAUAUCCUUCUAAAUCAUUAUUAUCAUUAAUAAA